AUGAGCGGCCUCUCCAGCGGCUGUUCUGAAGAAGUGCAGCAGGCCAUCCGCCGCGGCAGGCCCAGCAAAACAGCGCGUGGCGCGAGGGAAGCCGGCAGCGGACGGGCAGCGGGCGUGAUGGGUGCAAGAGCUUAUCCGGGAUGGGUGGAUGUGCUCUUCAUCGGCGCUGAGGGUCGGGAUCAGUCGGCGCUAGGCCGCAUGCGGCACGCUAACGGACGACGAAAGCUCUCACCAGUCGCCCUCCGCAGAGCCAGCAACGUUGAAAGCAAACUCUUCCAGCGCCCAGGGUCGGGUCUGCGUCUGAUGGCCGGCCCAGCACGAGGGUCCGGUCCGGUCCCGGCCUCGGCCUGGGCUGCUGGACCGCAGGGUUGCUUGAAGCCACGCCGCUGCUCUCCAGAACCGAGCGGCGCAUGCCCCGGCGAGGCACAAGGCACCGUCCUGGCCGCGGGCUGCGUGAGGAAUGCGGUGGGCGAGCCCGUCGCCGCGGGCCGUGGGCAAGAAGACAAAGCCGGCACCAUCGAUGCGGACGGGGCAGCGCAGCGUAGAUCUGGCGUCGUCGGCGCUACUGGGCGUCCUGCUGUCGCCGCGCCCUGCCUCUAG